GUGUGUAUAAAGCAGCACGACGGCGGCGGCGAGACGGCGGGGGACGGAGCCCGGGACCCGCGCGCUGAUAUAGCUUAUAUACCGAGCUCACGCAGCCCACCGGACAGCGCGCGGCUUCACCUACACACCUUAUGCGGGCAGCUGCGGGGCGCGCGACCGCUCGGGUGUAGUUUAAUCAGAGCUGCAGCAGCGCGGCGUGUCUGGCGCUCCGCCCGCGGUAAUGGCGAGCUCGGCUAACUCUAACCCGGUGCCUAAACUCUACAGAAGUGUGAUGGAAGAUGUGAUCAAUGAGGUCCGAGAGCUAUUCCUGGAUGAGGGUGUGGAUGAGCAGGUCCUUAUGGAGCUCAAAACGCUGUGGGAGAGUAAGCUGAUGCAGUCGAAGGCUGUGGACGGCUUCCACACUGAAGAGCAGGGUGCUCUGCAGGUGCAACAGCAGGUCCAACAGGUUCAGCAGACCCAGCAGCCCAGUCAGCCACAACAAGUUCUCCUGCCACCGGCCCAGCAAGCACCACAACAGCAGGUGAUUGUACAGGAUUCCAAAAUCCUGCAGCACAUGGGUGCGACCGGCAUGAGCGCAGCUGCCACAGCGGCAACCUUGGCGUUGCCUACCGGAGUAGCAGGUGUAGGGCCCUACCAGCAGCUCAUCACAAGUCAGGGUCAAAUCCUGCAGGUGGUGAGGGCGGCUAAUGGAGCUCAGUACAUCAUCCAGCCUCAGCAGCCCAUCAUGGUCCAGCAGCAGGUCCUGCCCCAGAUGCAGCCGGGUGGAGUGCAGGCCCCCGUUAUUCAGCAGGUCCUGGCUCCUCUGCAGGGUGGCCUCCCUCAGCAGACGGGAGUAAUCAUCCAGCCGCAGCAGAUAGUCCUCACAGGGAACAAAGUGCAACAGAAUGCUCAGGUCAUGCAAGCAGCCAUGGCUGCGCAGGCAGGUCAGGGAGCUGCACAGAUCCAGGCCCAAGGCCAGCCUCAGCCUCAAGUACAGUCUCAACAGCAGCAACCAGUGCAGCAACCACAGCCGCAAACCCAGCCGCAGCAGGCUGCCCAGCAACAGCCACCCAUGAUGCUGCAGGUGGAUGGGGCUGGAGACACAUCCUCUGAGGAGGAUGAGGAAGAAGAGGACGAGUACGAUGAGGACGAAGAUGAAGACAAGGAUAAAGAUGGUGCGGAGGACGGCCAGGUGGAGGAGGAGCCUCUUAACAGUGGCGAUGAUGUGAGUGACGAGGAGGACCAGGAACUGUUUGAUACAGAGAAUGUGGUGGUGUGUCAGUACGAUAAGAUUCACAGAAGUAAGAACAAAUGGAAAUUUCACCUGAAAGACGGUAUUAUGAAUCUGAAUGGACGCGAUUAUGUCUUCUCCAAAGCUAUCGGAGAUGCAGAGUGGUAAAGAAAUGGAGAGAAAAAAAACUGUUGAAUGAGUAUGCAAGACUUUAGGCCCGGGAUUAUAUGACCGUCAGAAGAUGCACAUGGUACAGGGAUGUGGAGAGGCAUCCCUGUACUGUCUGUCGGGUGAUGCUUGAGCAGUGUCGAAGUCCUGUACCUUUUUAUUGGUGGAUCUCCAGUGACUGCCCCCUUUUUAUUUUUUAUAAUUUUAAUUUGUAUUUUUUUUUUUUUUUUCUGGAUCUUCCUUUUAUUUUAACAGAAAAUUCUGAAUGCCCAACCUGAACAAAAUCUGUAUAAAGUAGAGGCUGUCUUGAGCAAAUAUUGUAGUGCCUCGAAGUAGCUGUGAAGUCCCCAGACCUGGCCCCAAACCCCCUCCUGGCGUGUACUUUUAGAUUACUGUGUGCUGUUGUUGGCUGUAAUGUAGUUCUGAAUAGAUUUGGGUUUCCAUUUUAAGAUAAUCCCUCGUUAAUUAGGUAUCUGCCUACUUGGGUUGUCCUGAAUUUCCCUCUGUUUUUGCCAAGUCAUUGCUUUUAAAUUUUUGCCACACAUUUUUCCAUCAUUAAAUACGAACACUAAAAAUGUCCAGAAGCAAAUUUAAGUCUGAUCCAUUUACCUCUGAUUCCAGCUAACGUUUGUCCUUGUCCCACACUCCCCUUUUUAAUAAGCCAAUGAUUAGAUUUAGACAAAUGUAAACAUUUCUCAAACUAGCUCAAGUUUUCGUGUGUUUGUCUAAUACAGUAUUUUGCAGCUGGUUAAAGGUGUGCGCUGUCGGUGUGACGUGUGGUUAUCAUAGCAUGCUUAGUCCCAAUGGCUUUAAUCUCGCGUGUCUGUGUGCGUGUGGAGUCACUGCUCAGCUGUGUCUUUAAGGACUCAAGACAACCCUUACAAUACUUUUAGUGCGGUCAAACUUGCGUUUUUAUGUUUGUUCGUUUUUUGUAUUUAUUCCUGAAAGCUCAGGCACCAUCACGCAUUGGGGAUGAGAUUGCGCCACACUGUGCUCUUAUGAAAAAAAAAAAAAAAAAGAAGUGUUCCUUUUCUUUCUGCUGUCUCGUCUGCUUUAGAAGGUGACUAAGCUGUUCCAUCAAGUCUUUACCUGUUUUUAACAUUUUAUUUUUUUUCUGUUUUAAUUUUUGUUUUUUCCUCCCUCUCUCCCAAUUCUAACUCAUUCUGCAACUUGUUCAGAGACAUCUCUCUGUCUUUUGUUUGCCAAUUGAGGUAAAAUAUUAACGAGUCCUAUUAUAAAUGUAUUUGAACAGAUUGUGGUGUAUCAGAUGGAACAACUUGUCUCUUUGAAGGGUUUUUUUAUAUUAAUUUUAGUAUGCAUUUCUCCAUCUUGUCCUUUUCAUUCUUGUUUGUGCCUUUUAACUGAUUUCAGCUAUCAGGUGUUGAAAAUGGUAGCAAUUUCAUCUUUUUUUUUUUUUUUCUUCUUUUGAGAAAAUCCUAAAACUGUACACUUGGCUUUGUUUUUAUGAUUGUUAAUAAACCAUAAGCAGGUAAUGGUGUCUGCAACUGUUUAAGAAGAACCAUAUCCAACCUUUUCCCCAUAUACUUUAUCAUUCAUUGCUGUGUGUUGUAGGCUGUGUGCUUGAAAUAUCAGUCAUCUGAUCUUCAUCUAUUUUUUUAGUAUGUUUUCAGAUUAUUUUUUCCCCCUUUGUAUGAUAAUUAAAGUUAUUGAAAUUA